AUGUUUUACGAAUAUCUUGAAAUGGGUACGUUCAUGUAAUAACCACGCGUGAAAAUCUCCCAGAUUGUCGACAAGAUGUGUUCGCACUGCUUGUUCCCAGUUGCAGACAAGUCUGGAACAAGUUAUCAUCUUGUAGCAAGGUUGAUGAGGCCAACGUUAACAGACUCGCAACAAGUUGUUCCAACAAGUCUGAUAUCGUCUGCACGUAACAAGUUGAUGACACCAAGCUCGUAGCAACUUCUUACGAACAGCCUGUAUUAGUCGUGUUGGAACAAUUUAAGACUUUCCAGACUUGUCACAACAACUGGGAACAAGCAGUGCGAACACAUCCUAAUAUCGGCGUGACAGCAGCCUUGUUACAACUUGUUUACAAAUCUGUAACAAUUGCGCGUUUUUAACGUGUGCCUUUACCAUCCCAUUGCUCAUUCCAUUAAUAGGAGAACGUCUCAUUUCUUUUACAGUUAUUCAGUUUGGUUUUGUUACAAUGUUCGUUGCGUCGUUCCCAUUGGCUCCUCUGUUUGCUUUGUUAAACAACAUUUUCGAGCUCCGUGCCGAUGCCACGAACUUUGCAGUGAAUUUUCGACGCCCAGUGGCAGAAGAAGUGAAGAAUAUCGGAGUAUGGUUCGGGAUUCUUGAGAUUGUGACCAAAAUUUCUGUGCUUGUCAAUUCCUUUGUGAUCGCUUUCACAGCUGAUUUUGUACCAAGGUAAGAGCUGAUCUACCGCCUAAUAAUGUAAGAACUAAUACAAGACAACCAAUAUUUAAUUAAAUAUAUUAACUUUACUAAAUAUUUUGAUCAAAUUGAUUGUGUUGCAAUGGGAAGUACACUUGCCCCAGUUUUUGACAAUUUAUUUAUGGGAUUUCAGAGAUGGACCCAGCAUGAUCUGGUAGGAGGGGGAGGGGAUGCUCUGCCAGCUCUGGUGCCGAGUUUUGUCAGUCGUGCGUGCCGCCCGCCCAUCAACUUGCUUGACUGCUGCAAAGUCUUGCUUGACUACUGCAAGUCUUGCUUGACUGCUGCAAAGUCUUGCUUCACUACUGCAAAGUCUUGCUUCACUACUGCAAAGUCUUGCUUGACUGCGGCAAAGUCUUGCUUGACUACUGUAACGUCUUGCUUGACUACUGCAAAGUCUUGCUUGACUACUGUAAAGUCUUGCUUGACUACUGCAAAGUCUUGCUUGACUGCUGCAAAGUCUUGCUUCACUACUGCAAAGUCUUGCUUCACUACUGCAAAGUCUUGCUUGACUGCUGCAAAGUCUUGCUUGACUACUGCAAAGUCUUGCUUGACUACUGCAAAGUCUUGCUUGACUACUGCAAAGUCUUGCUUGACUACUGCAAAGUCUUGCUUGACUGCUGCAAAGUCUUGCUUGACUACUGUAAAGUCUUGCUUGACUACUGCAAAGUCUUGCUUGACUACUGUAAAGUCUUGCUUGACUACUGCAAAGUCUUGCUUGACUACUGUAAAGUCUUGCUUGACUACUGCAAAGUCUUGCUUGACUACUGCAAAGUCUUGCUUGACUACUGCAAAGUCUUGCUUGACUACUGCAAAGUCUUGCUUGACUACUGCAAAGUCUUGCUUGACUACUGCAAAGUCUUGCUUGACUACUGCAAAGUCUUGCUUGACUACUGUAAAGUCUUGCUUGACUACUGUACUUGAAUUGUAAUUGUUGUUCAGAUUUCACUUAUCAUGUUAUUACUCAAAAAAAUACUGUAUCUCAUUUUGUCUUCAAUUUUUUUCCAUUGUCAUGAAAAAUAGCACUCCAUCUGGCCAGGACUAGGGGGUGCACCCCCUCCCCCCAGUAAAUCAAUCUUUGUAGGAUUUCAUGAACAUCAGUGGGUAAAAAGCUAUUAUGGUGGUAAUAAUUUUGUAAUUAACUAUAUGAUUUAUUGGGGUAUGAAUGUAAAUCAUUUCUAUCUUAAUCGCUUCAUUUUAUUUUUUAGAUUGGUGUAUAUGUAUGGCUACAGUCCUGACGGAACAUUGAAAGGAUAUGUCAAUAAUUCGCUGGCGUACAUAAAUGUCUCUGACUUAGAACAACAUAGUGUACCCAGUGAUACAUAUAAACAUCUUAAUUACACGUUGCCGUAUUGCAGGUAAUAGGGAGCUUUAGAUUUGACUACGAGUACGACUACGAGUACGAGAUUUGAUCGCGUGCGAGGAAGUUACCGGUAGUCGUUCUCGUUUCCAUUCAAAUGUUGCUUUUAUAACCGUAAAUCAACAGCGAGAGAAAAAGUUUCAUAAACUAAAUCUCCUGCUGACUAAAAUCCCCUACAAAACGUGCAAAUAAGUCAUAACAUUAAAAACAGGCCAGAUAUUUAGUACUAAUAUAUUAUUUGCGCCGGAUAAACGCUAUAUAAAUGCUACAAAUUAUUUUUGGAAAACAAAAAAAAUCCAACUUUCUUUGUUGUUUUUGAAAAGUCGUCGUGAGGACUACGAGGUUUCUCCACAAGUUCGUACUCAGAUGGGCGACGGCUGCGACUUUUUCUCGUCAGUACGGGAUGGCGUAAGCAUACAGCAUGCGUUUUAGCUUGACGAAUCUCGUACUCGUAGUCGUACUCGUAGUCAAAUCUAAAGUUCCCUAAUGCUGGUACACACGUGACAAACAAGUUGUUGCAAAUCUGCAAACAAGUUGUUGCAAAUCUAUGCAGCAUGUCUGCCUACAAGCCGUCAACAAGUUGUGUUCGCACUGCUUGUCCCAAGUUGUCAACAAGUUUGGAACAAGUUGUUAACAAUUUGUAACAAGCUUGUUGAUAUUAUCAGGCUUGUUGCAAGGUUGUUCCAGCAAGUCCAAUACAGUCAUGAUAUAGCAGUAUUGUUACAACCUUGUGUCGUCAACCUUGUAACAUUCUUGUUCAUCAUGACUGUAUCAGACUUGUUAGAACAACCUUGUGACAAGUCUGAUAAUGUCAUCAAGCUUGUUGCAAGUUGUUGACAGCUUGUUCCAAACUUGUUAUAAUAAGCAGUGCGAACACAACUUGUCGACAGCUUGUGAACAGAUUUGUAACUUGUUUGCAGACUUGUAACAACCUGUGCGUUUUUACGUGUGUAGCCUUCUGUGAACAAUUAAACGCAAAAUUUAUUUUGUUUCAGAUUCAAAGAAUACCUGAAGCCGUAUCCUCCCUACGACUACAGUGAACACUAUCUCCACGUCACCCUGGCUCGCGUACUUUUCGUCUUAUUUUUCCAGUAUGUCGUAUUUUUUGUCAAAGAUCUGCUCGCCUGGCUGGUCCCGGAUGUUCCAAAAUCACUGGAGGAGAAAAUAAAGCGUGAAAAUCACGUGGCUCGCUUGUGCUUACGCAAGAGCGAAUUACAGGCAACCCAAGAAACGCCUUGCAAAGCUACGUCCCCGCUUUGCCAAUCAUGUGAGGCCUUGGUCCAGCCUGAGAUCUCACAUUGUUGAUUACAUGAAGCAUAGGUAACAUCGAUAAAAUUAAUAUGAUAGACAAAUGUAGUGUUUUUUAAACCCAAUUCACAAGUUUAGAGAACUCGCUUGCCUUGUUAUCAUUGCUCUACUCACGUAAAAAUCUCACAACUUGUCAACAAGAUGUGUUCGCAACAGGCUUGUAGCAAGUCUGUCAACAAGAUGUGUUCGCAACAGGCUUGUAGCAAGCUUGUCAAUAAGUUGUAACAAUGCUGUUGUUGUUAUCAAGUUGCUACAAGGUUGUCACUCACAACUUGUCGGCCUGAAAAUACAAAAACUUUGACGCUUCAAGCAAAGGCGCUUCCUUCGUCUUGGUUUUCUUCUCGGAUCAGGGGGGACGGGUGAAAUUUGAAUGUAUAAUAAAAACAGUUAUUGAACUCGGUUUAUAUAUGAUAUCAUACAUCAAGAAUCGUUCAGACUUCGGUCAAUGUUAUUCUUCUUCGCUGAAUUUCAGUGACAGUGUGAACAUUGACCUCAGUCUGAAAAUUCUUGAUAUCAGUUUCAUCCAAUAAUUAUUUUCAUUGUGUUCGAUGAGUAAAAUAAAUUAUGUUUAUAAAUUUAUUCUGCAACACUUACUGAAACCCAUCAUGCAGUAAUAUAGUAAUAUUGCAAUAUAGUAAUAUAGCAAUAUAGUAAUGUAGCAAUAUUUAGCAAUAUAGUAAUAUAGUAAUAUAGUCGAGUAAUACAUACAAUAUCGCAAUAAUAAUUGUUCGUUAAAUAAAAUAUAGAAAAAUACGUACCGUAAAAAUUUAUCGCAAGCCAUCUACACAUUUCACAUAUGGCUUAUUCGACGUAAGAGAAUAGAUCGCUUUUUAAUAUAUCAUGCUUCAUAGUCAAUUAGUCGCAAUUAAAACUUUGCUAAUUAAUAAAACAGCAAAUAAAAUGCUUAUAAAGUUAUGUAUGAACUUGUUUUUCCUUUAAUAUAUUUGAUAGUUAAACCAGUUUUUUUUUUUAACUGAGUUUUUCUUGUAAAAUUUUUUAUACUAUUAAAUCACUAUCAAAGUUUCUGUGAUCACAGUAGGAAUUUUGCAAGGGUAAAUUUUAAGUUUUGAAGGAUUUGUAUUGAAUGUUUGAGGGAACUGACUGGUUGUUAAACAUUUCUACAAACCUUCAAAACUUUACCGAUGCAAAAUCCCCACUGUGGUGACAGAAACUGUGGUCACAGUAUUUGCCACAAGCACUUUGCUCACAAGCAAUGUACCUGUAUUGGUACAUUGCGCGUUGGUAUGACAUGGUGAAAGGAGACAUUCAUUAAUAUCUAGAUAUAAUUUUUAGAAAAAUUGAAGAUUAGUAAGGGGGUAAGUGAAUACUACUCUGUAAAACCAAAUUGGUUAAAUCAACCAAUAACCGGUUAUCUCAGAUUUAGUUGGAGUCUGGGAUAACCACAAACGUGCUUGAUUCAGACGUUCCUUUGCGAAGUAAACUUAUAAUACUAAAGGUAUGAAUUCCUCAACGAUCGCGAAUGUCUUAUACAGUAAUUUUAACAUUAAGGAGAACAAAUUAAUAUGGUCAGACUCCGUUAGAGGACUUGAAGGCUCUGGUACUAACAGAAGUUGACGAAGAUGCAGCUCAAAGCACUACAUGGCGCUCGCCCAGUGGUGGGAAAUGGUCUUUUAAAAGCAAAGUGCACUCUCGUUCCCCGAGCCUGCGAAUUCAUUGGCAUUCGAGGAGCGAGUAUAUAUCUAUUUCGGAGGCGAAAAAGGCAAUGAAUUAUUUGAACGAGUACAAUCCGGGCUUAUUCGAACAAGGGGACAAUGCCUUAGUCAACGGCACUACCCAGGGGCGGAUUCAGACAGGUUUGAUAGGUUUAUAUAAACCUGUCAGAUUUUCCAAAGAAAGAAAAUCUGUAACCUUCCAUGUACAUAUAUAACUAAUUUAAAGAAUAUUCUGUUUCAUAAAUUUGAUGUUGUCUACUUGUCUAAUCUAUUACGCCAUUUAAAUACUCGUAUUGAAAUUUGAUUCUGGAUUACCGAGCGUAUUUAGACUCACUUACAUAAUAAGCAUUUAAUUAAUUAAGGACUUAUCGCGUUGGUUUCCUCUUACGAAAUGUUGUAACACUAGACAAAUAAUCUGCUAAUGUAUCGUCGUGGGUCGUGGACUGAAACAUCGCAUGAAUCACACAUAACCGCCCGCAAUUGUGAGUAAAGAGGGUCUCCCAGGGGUUUGGGGGGAACAAGGGAACACUGUAAAUUUUACAAUGGGAACACGGGAACAAAGGAAAACAAAAUUAGGGAACAAGGGAACACGAAAUAUAUUGGGGAACAGGGGAACAAAGCCCCUUUCCUAGAAUAUAUACAAGUGGUACAAUGGCAUAAUGUAUUGUAGAUGAAAAAUGGGCAUAAUAUAUCGUUUUCUCCAAUUUGUCCAACCAGCUAGUGUACUUGUGGUAGACUGUUCUACGGGCUGCUUGAGGAUGAUAAAUGAAGUUUCUCCUCUAGUCAGAUUUUUGAGCAGCCAUCAUGACUUUUCUCGGUCACAUUUUGCUUGCACCUGAAAAAGCAGAUACCAACGGCAACGCCUUUCACAAUCGACGCAGCAAUCACCAGAAUCGAAGAGGUAUAUGACUUCGAUUGUCAGUGCAUACAUAGAACAAGUCAAAGUCUUCCUUAGAACAAAUGCCCAGAGCCAAGGUCCGCAAGGAAACUUUUCUUCAGUCGUUGUGGAAGACGAAACAAGAAUCUUUGGGAGAAAUGCGAGGUCUGCUUCAAAAGUAUGAUCCACAGCUUUUGAAGUUGUUCAAACUUAAAGCCGUUUGACGCUGGUAGUCGAGAAUUGUUUCUCCGAGAUGAGGGCAGGGCAUGUGAUAUGCCAAUGCAGUUGCAGUUCGACGUUCACUUCAGUUGAGCAAUGAAGGAGCACUUGAAUACUUCAAGUCAAAUCUGACUUGAAGUAUUCAACUCUACCAAAGAUGGCCCCACCUUCAGCAGCACAGUUGACAAAGUCACGUACAAGUGCAGCAAAUGAGAGACUGGCGCAUGAAGUAUGGUCAAAGUGUCCCACAGAAUACCGUGCGUAACAUGAGCACUAAAGACAAUCCGGGUACUCUGCCGAUAAAUCUCUAUGCUCUGGCACAGCCAGCUAGCGAGCCUUUGGAAUUCUCGAAAAUUACAGAAAAUGGUACCCAAACAGACACACACCAUGCCACACACACAACAUUCUUCAUUCCACUGGGGACGUUGUUUUUCUUGCCUCGUACGCCAAUUGUGGGCGGAUGAUGAUCUACCAUCUACAAGAAAAUGUUAGUGUUUCAACAAAGAAAGCAAGAGCCACCAUUUUUGAAGGUGACCCUUUCAAUCCACUUAUAUUUACAGAAGGAGUUGUCAAGGUCAAUGCGAAAGAAAUACCUGGUUCUCAAGUGGAAACCGUUUGCAGGAGAUAGCAACCUUGAACUGACAGAGAAUGAGUUUCUAAGAUAGCAGUCGAGAAUGAUUGAAUGUGUUGAUGCUGUGACGAUUGAAGAGGCGAGAGAAAUAAGAGAGCGCCAGGAUAUCGACCAAGAAAGUGCAACAGAUACGAAGCCAAGACGUGCAAGAAAGACACCACAUAGGCUACUGACGAUUUUGUAUAUUAUGAUUAGUAAACGUGAUACUUUAGUACUUUAAUGGUUGGAACAAUUGAAGAAACUAUAAAUGCAAUGCUGUUCAUUAGAUCUAUUUUUUGUUAUGUAAUAGUAAUACUGUCAAUACUUCCAGGAAGUCAAAUAACUAUUAAACAUUAUAAUCUUCUUCAGUGUUGUAUUUUUCAAAUGAGCAACAUCUGCAGGCUUGUGAUUGUAUUUUUCUGUUUAAUUUUGUUAAAGUGAACGUAUGUAUUAAUAUAAUGGAUGAUAGCGAGGAUAAACUGUCAAAUUUUCUGAAUAACGAAACAAAAUUUAAUUUAUAAAGGGGAACAAGGGAGCAUGAUUAAAUUUUGGAAGGGAACAAGGGAACAAAGCGAAAAUUUUGAAGGGAACACGGGAACAAGUACCCCCCCUGGGAGACCCUCAGUAAACCGGUGGUCAGAGUUUUCUCAAUGAGAGUAAACCGGUCGAUACGCCAUUCGAUUGGUUAAACGGCUGCGCUCCAACGGAUGUAAACCGGUCAUAAACCUGUGAGUCGAGCAGUAUUUAGAGAAAACUGGGAAUGAAAGUUAACAGAACUCGAGGACGCGCGAAAUAUGUUUAUAAUUUUGCGUGACUGAAAAUUGCGUUGGCGAUAGAAGCAUUUACAUGGAUUUCUUGUUCAUUUUGAAGGUUUGUUUAAAAGUAUAUUGUCUAAAGUUAUAACUGUAAGCUAUUUCUACUUACUGUAUAAUAAAUAUCGAUCCGUCAACAAGCGUAUCAAUGUUUAUACGUGUAACUUCUACACAGUCUACUGACUCAUGAUAGCGCGAAAUAUGUGUAUAAUUCUUAUAAUAUUGCGUGACCGAAUCAUUGCGUUUGCGAUAGAGAAUCAGGAAAUAAUUGCAUGUAAAGCUUUCACGCUCUUGCAGUUUGGUUUCUAUUUCAUUGUUAAAGCGGUUGGUUUGAAAGCGUAUAGAUCUAAAAUUACAACUAUGUUUAUAUUAUCUCUACUUGUACUGAUAAUAAAUAUCGAUGCGUCAGCAAUUUGCCAAUCCUAUAUUUUUAUCACCAGCUAAUAAGUUUCCGAAAAGGUUCAAUGGCAUUGUUUGAGCUGCGUAUAUUAGUCCAGAAUUCUCUUAAAAACAUAUAUUUUCUAACCAUUAAAUUAAUUUAAAAGGUGACGCCAGAACGCAGGAAAUGCUGUUUAAGAGGCCCGAAUUUUAAAAAUUUCCCGGGGGUGCAUGCCCCCGGACCCCCCUAGUGGUUAUGUGGACCUGGUAAACCUGUCAUCCAAAACCCUGGAUCCGCCCCUGCUACCGACGAAUAUAACAUCACCGCAAAACCUAAAAAGCUACCUAAACUAUUGAUCUUGCUAUGCACAAUCCUUAUAAAUUGAUUUCCAAUGCAAUUGCUACAUUUGCAUGUUUUGCUUAGCCUCUGAAAGUUGUACAUUCCCUAUGGGAUAGGUGCUUUUUCGCGCAGCUACGGAAAGCAGAGUCCGUCAACGUAGACUCAUUUGAAUGUUGUUGAACAUAUCAUGUCUCGGCGUUAUGUGAUCUAGUUAAGAACAUAACAAAUAAUUUAAAAUAUUUAUGAAUUUUGCCGCCCCUAUAGUUUGAUCAUAAAUUUCUCAUAGCGAUUUCGAGUUUAUUAAAUUCUCAAAUUAUUGAACACUUGAAUUUUAUUUGACAAAUUACUUGGUUUAGGACGCUAUUAAAUUUUGGAGUGCUAUUUCCAUGUAGGUGUUGAAAGGUUUCAUUUUAGCAAAAGUGAAAUGCGAGCCAUAUCAACAAUAGUUCCCUAAGCUGAUCACGUUUCAUGCAACCACAGGAUCAACUCAAUAUGUUAACAACUGUCGCGUCGACGAAAAAACUUGUAGACAAGACGAAAAGGUUGUUUUCUUUCUAAGAACAUUAAACUUGGAAUGAAACAUCGUUCUUGUGUUGUGUAAGUUGAGUUAUCAUUUGUUAUUAUGCCGUACUCUUUCUUGUAUCACUUGGCUAAUUUAUCUUGAUAUGAUCUCGGUCUAAACGGGCUGUGCUAGUGAUAAGGAUGAAAAAUUGAAAAUCGUGAAACUGCCUGAAAAUACAAGGUUGUGUGCUCAAUUUACACAGUACAACUCAAGUUGUAAGCAGCUUGUAUGCAAGUUGUGUAGUGUAUACAAGCCGGCCUUUAUACGUCGUCUAAUAUGUCGCAUACAACAUAGACAGUUUUUCCGUCUAUGUAAACUAUGCGCAAAAGAUCGUCCGGGUAGACAAACAGAUAGUUUGUCUGACGGACUGUCGUUAUAUGUUUCCGCGUUUGUGCAUAGAAUUAUCACACUAUUUUUUCUUUGCCCAAAGGUCGUCCACGCGGAUCAUAUACAUCUCAUAAUUUCUGGUUAAUCGCAAUGUCAUAUUUGGUUUCUCCUAAUGUAUAUCAUUCCAAUUUUUGACAUUUUUUCUCUAGGCUUCAAAUUACACCCGAGAUUUCUUCCUAUUCAGCGGAAUUUUAUACUGAAAGAAUUGAGGAAGUCGUUUGGGGAAGUGUUUAGCGAAGGUUUCUAAUAUCAUCGGUUCAUAAUUAUAUGCAGGUAUGACUCACUUUUGAAUUCAAGAAGUUUAUUUAACUUCAGUGGGAUAAUUUUGUACUUAAUUUUCCCCCAAAAAUGUGGAGUAGAAUUUGGGGUUUUAAGUUCAGAAUAAGUCCUUGAAAUUCACAGAGAAAUAAAGUUAUAUACUGAGUCGUUGUUUCGACAAUGAAAGCAUAGAAUGGAACAAAGGAAAAUCAAGCAAUUUGAAUUAUAUAUGUGAGUGAAAAGGAUUAUAAACUGCUAAUUCUAUGAAUAGAUUAUUACCAUCUUUCUACUGAAGUGUUUCGAGAUAGCAUCUGUUUAUAGGAAUUUGAAUAUUGGUUUAUCUAUAUGCAUUGAAAUUAGUAUCACAUUAGAAAUAGAUGAUUACAUGUAAUUGGAAAAAUGAGGGCAAUGUAAUUGUCUACGUCCUUAUAGCAAUUAAAGAUACGAGUCUCUUCAUUCUUGUGGCUUGCUUUCGUGUUCAUCACACGCGUGACCAAAGGCAAUAGAAUAAGAAAGUCGGGGAACUUGAUGCAGACAUAAUAUACCUCAUUAUGUUUUGUCUUUGUUUAUGCAAGAAAUGCUCGGUUCAUCGUCACGUGUGUAUUGUAUUUUCGCUAAAGCAACAAAUAACUAUGUUUUUAUUUAAUUAACCAUUGUGACAUAAAUAUCACGACUGGAUAAUUAAACCAACACAAGUUCGCUAAACAUCGCAUCAGGCGUCGUAUUUCCACACAAUUUCUCGUUUUCCAAAUUUCCACUCGUUGAUAUAACUGUAUAUAUCAACAUGGAAAAUGUUUUAUAUUUGUUAAAUCAUAAUUUAUUGACUUGUAAAGUGCUCUAACUAUAAAUAUUCUACUGCGCCGAUAAAAAAGGUUAUCAAUAUUUACACUCUCAGUAAAAACAUAAUCUAAUAUCAGUCUCACAAGUUAAAAGCCUUCUUAAAUAUUAAAAUGUGUCUUCAAUUGUUUUUUUUUUUAAACGUGGAUAUUGGUUAAGUUCGUAAUAUGUGAGAGAAGAGCAUUCCACAGUGUAGAUCUUGAUGAAGCAAACGAACGAUCUGUAAAAGUCUUUCUCAGGUCCUGGGUAUGUUCAAUACCAAGUGAUUAUUCGAUUAAUAGAAGAAGGUUAGGGAACUCGAUGUAGAUCUACCUCAUUAUGUUUUGUCUUUGUUUAUGCAAGAAAUGCUCGGUUCAUCGUCACGUGUGUAUUGUAUUUUCGCUAAAGCAACAAAUAACUAUGUUUUCAUUUAAUUAACCAUUGUGACAUAAAUAUCACGACUGGAUAAUUAAACCAACACAAGUUCGCUAAACAUUCUACUAUGACUAUGACGUGACAGAUUAUGUCAUUCGAAAGACCAUCUGUUUUGAUUUAAACACAGGAUCAAUUCCAACCUCGCAAGACCCUGGCUUGCGAGGUUGGAUCAAUUCCUGAGUAGAAAAGCUUUAUCUAGCAUCUGAAAUAACAUACCCAGCGUGGUAGCUAACAUGACGUUAAUGUUUCCGUAGCGGCGUGAAAAAACAGCCAUCCGUACCUUUUAGGAACGCUAUUUUCAGAGGAAUUAUUGCAACGGAGAGAUGUUGUUUCGCUCAGCUUCUGAAAGUUAUACAUUCCGUAUCGGAUAGGUGCUUUUUCCCGCCGCUGCGGAAAACUAUCCAGUAUAGUCGCGGAUAUGUACGUUUGGCGUACCUAUUUUUACACGUUAAGUCGUGCGAAAAUUUAAAAUUUUGCUGCAAAACAAGAAUCGUGAUUCGCUAGGUCAUAGCCUAUCGAAGGGAAGACUGAAGAUGGCUGUGAAACUCAUUAGAAUAACAAUAUAAUCGAACUGACCUGACCGCGUAGCUCAGUUGGCAGAGCAUUGGACUAGUAUUCCAAAGGUCGCGGGUUCGAUUCCCACCGUGGCCAAGCAAACUUUUCAGCUCGCCCGGUGUGGAUGCACACUCAGAGUAACAUCACAAACAACAACAAUAUAACUCGUCAUCUAUGUUAGUUAACGUUUAUUCAUGUAUUUUUGCCCAACUAACUAAUAGCAAUGUUUUAGGAAAGUUACAUAUACGUGACUCGAACAAUAGGGUGAAUUGGAAAUUGCCUAUUGGUGGAUUUGGCAAAAAUACAAUACACACGUGAGGGUGAACGACCAGAUUUAUGAAUAAACGUUGACUAACGUAGAUAAUAGAUAAUAGAUAAUAGAUAGCUUAAGAUCUACGACGUCGACGUCAGCUAGGACGUCAAGGCUAAGCAGAGGACUGGGACUAGGACGUCGUCCUAAAUAAAUAAACUUCCACGACGUCGACAUUUAAACUAUAAAUAUUUACAUUCUUUUGAAAAUGAUUUUUAAAGAGACACAUGAAUUCAUUACACUUCUGAUAUUACACUUUAAAAACUAUUACCAAUUUACUUCCGCUUGCCGUCCUAAAUAUUUGACGUCGUAGAUAUUGAGCUAUCUAUUUAUUUAGGACGACAUCCUAGUCCCAGUCCUCUGCUUAGCCCUGACGUCCUAGCUGACGUCAACGUCGUAGAUCUUAAGCUAUCUAAUGAUUUGUAUUGUUAUUCUAAUGAUUUCACAGCCAGCUUCCCUUCAACAGGUUGUGCCUAGAAAGUAAACGUUUGUCGGUAGGGAUGAAUUCUCCUUAUAUUUUUCAGGUAGUUGCGUCCCUACCAACGAAAGCUUGUUCAUAUUAUUGACAUUACCUACACAGACACAGACACUUCAAGAUCACGCCUAGGAGUACUUACCUAAAAGAAACAAAGCUAAUAAGCCAUACUUACAUGUCUUGAAUAUUUUCCCAGCGCAUAAAAACAUAAACGAACGACUCUUAAAAGUGCCCUAUUGAUGAGCAGGUCCUUGACACCUUACGACGUCAAAAAUAUUGAGGCCAUCUGUUUAUGCCUUGCGUAUACCAGAAUGAGUUUCAAACUGUUUACAUUCAUUUGACAGUGGCAGGUUUUCAAAGUUCAAAAUUUAUCAUUAACCAUUCCUGUUUGGGCCUAUUUCAUGACACCACUGUGAAGUUUAAUCCUCGAGCAAUGAAACUGUAAGUUACUGCUCAGAGCUGUGCGGAAGUUUCCUACAUCAAUCCAAAACUUAUUCCGUGUUAGGAAAGCUAUGGUAAACCCAUUUGUUUGUAAGAUAACUGUAUGACCAAAGUAUUUUAUAGAGUUACGCCUAUACGAGUUUAAGUCCAUUUAUAUAUGUUACUAAUGAAAUAGCUGAAUGAAUAUUAAAAGGACAUCAUUAGUUUUUGUGUUAAGCCUGGUUGACACUAUCAAAGUUUCUGUGAUCACACUAGGAAUUUUGCAUACGUAUGUUUGAAGAAUUCGUAAGAAAUGUUUGAGGAAACUAACUCACUCUUUAACUCAGUUCAGUCCUUCGAACAUUUCUUACAAAACUUUCCUACUGUGAUCACAGAAACUUUGAUAGUGUACACCAGACUUUAAGUAUGGUUAGAUGAUGUAGAUAUGUUAUAGCAGCUCAUUUUGUAAUUGUACUAGGUUAAAAUAAAAUAGAAAUGUCAGCAUAUGCCAUAUAUUUUGUUUAUUUGAUAACUACUCAAGCGGGCAAAAGGAUUAUAUCCAGAGCAGUCUAGCACUGCACGCCAAACAAGCGUCGUUCUUGCCAACAACGGAAGUCACCCGAAAAUUGCUAAACUAAUCUUGGAGGAAUCUUUGGAAAUCUUUCGUUUUGUCAUAUGUGUUGACUACCACAAACUGACACAAACACAGUUUUUAAUCCAGUCCCCCCCCCCCCCCCCCCCCCGGCAAUCUUGACGUCUGUGUUGACAAAAUGUCGCUUGUUUAAGCUCCCUACUGUAUAGUUUAAUUAUUUCAUGAAUGACUAAUUAGUCACAUAUCUCUUUUAGAGUUAAUUAUUAACAUGGACAAUAACCCGACUUCCGACGGAAGUAAAAAGAACGAUGAACAAUCACAAGCAGGCAGUUCAGAAAACCAGACUGCCCCACAAGGCAAGAAGAUGUGGCCUUCAUCGGACGGCCUCAUAAACUCGGAGAACGGUCGAGAUUCGGGCCACGAGAAUAUUGAACUGUUGGUGCAGGAUUUGGGUGGAAGGCAAUCCCCGUAUCCAGAGAGCUUGUUCUUCCGUGAUGGACAAAGAAAAAUUGAUUUUGUUUUGGUUUACGAAAGCAGCGGCGAUGAAGAUGAUAAGAACGCCGCCACACGCAAGAUUUAUCAGGAUAACUUGAUUAAACAUGGUCUGGAAUUGGAAGAAGAAAUAUCACUUCAGGUACUGUGGUUUUAUUAUCAGAUCAGUGACAGUUAGUGAUUGCACACGUAAAUAAGGUUAGCAAUUUUGACAUGCAAUGUACUAGUAGACCGUAUACAUAAUCCGUCAAUGUCAACGAAUUACGGGUUUCGCAUGCAAGAGGUUAUCUCGUGUAUCCAGCUCAACUAUCCCUUGGUUUACACUAUCAAAGUUUCUGUGAUCACAGUAAGAAUUCUGCAUAGGUCAAUUUUAAGUUGUGAAUAAUUUGUAAGAAAUGUUUGAGGGGACUGAUUCACUGUUCAACACUCAGUAAAGUUCCCUCAAACAUUUCUUACGAAUCCUACAAAACUUAGAAUUUACCUAUGCAAAAUUUCUACUGUGGUCACACAAACUUUCAUCGUGUAAAUCAGGCUUUAGUCGCUUUAGAUUUUCUAGUCACCGUUUAUUGUAUGUUGUUGUAUUGUAAAAAUUCUCCCACAUCACUUAUUGAUAAGUAAAAUCGUCUUGCGAUAGACGGAGUGAACUGAUUAUCACAUGUUGGACGCAGUAAAAUUGGAGGUCAAAUGUUAUGGCGUAAAUCAUUCCCUGUUAAAUUGGCGGUCAAAUCAUUCGAAGUAAUCUGGCAUUCGGAUACAAUGGUGUCUACGGGGUUAAAUCGUUUAGACAUAAUAAGAUAUUAAAAUCCUCCCUUUGGCUUUUUUUAGUUUUAGCGUCUUGAAUAUGUUACGGCUACCCCGCUGUAAGAGGUCAAAUCAUUUUCAAAACUAUUUGAAACACUGCCUUAGUUUAAAUUAAGGGCUAAGCCAGAAGCGUUCAAAUAUGUGUAAAGCGAACGUCUACACUACAAACUUAUUAAAAGCCAGAAGCAUCACAAUUCUGAAGUAUUCUGCGUCUUUAUUCGUCUAUAAGUUUGGAUCUUACUUGGGGUCUGGUUUUGAUUCUAUAUAUAGUUUUUGAUUAUUGACCUGUCGAAUGCUUUUUAUUAAAUCUUGACUUUAUUUCCGACUGUUUGGACCAACACAACCUCAAGUGGCACUUUAUAUUCCACGUGCGUUUAACAUACAGGAUCAAGCCUCGGCAAAUGACGAUGGGAGACUCUCAUCGACUUUGAACAUGGUUGAGAACUCUCAUGCAAACUCUCGCUUCUCAACUCUUGUCAACUCUCAUGGAACUCUUGUUCUUGUUUGACCGGGGAAUGAGAGUUGAUGAAACUCUCGUGCAAACUCUCGCUUCUCAAUUCUCAUCAACUCUCAUGCAACUCUUGUUCUCGUUGGACUGGGGCAUGAGAGUUGAGAAAACUCUCGUGCAAACUCUCGCUUUUGAGCUUCUCAACUCUCAUCAACUCUCAGUCUCAUGCAACCUCUUAUUCUAGUUUGACCGGGGCAUGAGAGUUGAGAAAACUCUCAUGCAAACUCUCGCUUCUCAACUCUCAUGCAACUCUUGUUCUCGUUUGACCGGGGCAUGAGAGAUGAGAAAACUCUCAUGCAAACUCUCGCUUCUCAACUCUCGUCUGACCGGAGUUUUAUAGGCCGGCUGUUAGGAAUUAACGCAAUUAAGUUAAAAUUGCUACCUUGAGCUAUUGCAUUUGAACGUUGCAUUUUCAUUGUCACAUUUAGAUACGUUUGUUACAAUAAUUUUGUUCCGUCAAAAUGCGUUUCUGCCUUAUCAAUUAUACUAUCGAUUUUAUCGCAGUUGUUGGAAAAUAGAAAUAAUUACUCUAAUUAUGGGUAAUAUUAUUAUUAUCAUUUUUAUUCCAAACAUUUAGCCAAUUUUACCCCUUGCGGAUACGAAAUCAUUGCAAACAGCACGUGCUCUUGGUAGAAACACAAAUAUAUCCAAGUACGCUGCAGUGUCGGCUUCCUUCACGUCUCAGUUGUAUAUUGUGGGGUGCUGUCAACUAGAACGUCUUCACUUCGCUGAUUAUGAACAAAAAAAUCAUAAAAGCAGGAUUGAUUGAUUCAACUUUAUUUAGGCAAGAAAGCUUGGGAUUGAUAGGGAUGCAACUACCUGAAAAAUACAAGGAGAACUUCGAUGUUUCGAGCGAAGGCGCUUUGUCGUGAAGUUAGUACGUGACGUUUUCAGUUAAUGAAGUCAAGAUCACUUCCGGACCACUUCACAGAACGUUCGUUCGAAACGUUUCAGUUCAGCCUGUGUUUUUCAACUGAUCUCUUUGAAUCCACAGCUGUCCAAACAAACCGUCGCUAGCUACACUGGCAGACCGCCGACAUCUGGCUUGUUUAACGUUUAAACAUGACACGGCAGGAGCCACAAAAUGAAAUCUUUAAAAUGAGGAAAUAACUUGCAAAGUCUUCCCAUGGAUUCCUUCCCCAUAAUAGUUUAAAUACAAAAAUAAACGCUGCCGGAUUUUCCCAGUAUUCACGUUUCCUCAUUUAGUAUUAAAAUUAAUGACUGUGAAAAUUACUUUUAUUGGACCUCCAGGAAGAAUAGUUUAGAACUGAUUUUUAAAUAAAUUUACUUUAGGUUUCCUCAUGCAAUAACAGUGGAACAUAUUAAGGAAUGACUCUUACUGGACAUACAUGACUUAUAAGAGCUAUUCAGUACAAUACAGUACAAAUAAAGUUAGUUUGGGCUGCCUCCUGAUAGGAACACUAGAUCGAUAUAGACUAACUCGUACAGAACAUCUAGUGAGAACAGUUUAGAACUGACAAAGCUUUCUUUACGCCCUUCAACAGAUCUUCACAGCAAUUUUUGUUUCUUUGUUUAGAAGGAAAAUCUCCAUUUCGUCAAAGUUCACGCACCUCUCAAAACUUUAUUCAAGCUUGCGGAAGAACUCAUGAUACGAAUGCCUGUCAAAAAAUCCGAUGAUUCGCCAGACCUGUCGCCAAAAAAGACGAAGCGGCCAAACAUUUACCGUAGAUUCUCACGCUGGUGGGAAAGUGUAGAUCCGUUUGUGAACAGCUCCCCAUGCAUCCCACAAACGGAAAAACUUGUCACAGCCACCUUUAGUUAUAGUAAUCGCCUAUCGUUUCAGUCGAAAAACGGGAGAUUGUUUUUCGAUACCGCUGACCGCUGUCGUAUGGUGUAUCGCAUCCUCCAGAUGACGCCAUUUGGGUCGGAAGUGAAUGACUCUGGCAUUGUUAGUUUAUGUGAUGACGAAAUCUUCACUGCUUGCUACCCAUUGCAUGACGGGCCGUCUGUUCAGAAAGGCGAUCACGUGGCAAACGAUCGACAGAAGCUUCGUACUGAUUGGUCAUCUUUCCGACGAUUAUUCAAAUAUCAGCCAAUCAACGCGGUGCGGAGAUAUUUUGGCGGGAGAAUUGGAUUCUACUACGCAUGGCUUGGAGUUUACAUCGCAAUGCUUGUCCCGGCAGCCUUUGUGGGUGUGCUAUGCUUCAUCUAUGGUAUAGGAAGUUUAAACACUUUCCAACCGACCAAAGAUAUAUGUGACAAAAAGAACGAGAAAUUAUUCUACAUGUGUCCAAAAUGUGACAAAUAUUGCAGUUUCUGGAGUCUCAGCACAAGUUGUGAUUACGCUAAAGUUGGCCAUCUUUUUGACAACGGAGCGACCGUGUUUUUCUCCGUGUUCAUGUCCAUAUGGGCGACGUUAUUUUUAGAAAUCUGGAAGCGUACCCAAGUCCGACUGAGCUACGAAUGGGGUGUUUAUAACUUAAUAGACGAAUACGAACCACCACGUCCACAAUUCUUAUUGUCUGUGAAAGACAAACGUCCAAACCCAGUAACAGACAAGGAAGAACCGUAUAUCCCAAGUUGGACGCGGUUUAAACGCACUCUGGGUGGCCUAGGGGUUAUAUUUUUUAUGGGUUCGGUUGUAAUCGCCUCUAUCGCGGGCAUCGUCAUCUACAGAGCGACCACAUUGGCCGCAUUGUAUGCGAAUUCCAACCACGACAUUCGUCAAAAUGCCAAGCUAGUCAUUUCAUUCACAGCUGCAAUCAUGAACCUGGUUUUCAUCAAGAUUCUGAGUUUCGUUUACGUGAAACUUGCUGUCAUUCUCACCAACUGGGAAAAUCCGCGCACGAAAUCCGAGUACCAAAACGCGCUCACGUUUAAGAUGUACGUUUUCGAGUUCGUGAACACGUAUUCCUCGCUUUUCUACAUCGCGUUUUUCAAAAGCAGUUUGAUCAUCGGAAAACCGACCGAGUACAAUCGAAUGAGAGAUAGUCGAAUCGAAGGAUGCGAUCCCUCUGGAUGUUUGAUUGAUCUGUGCAUACAACUUGCUGUUAUUAUGAUUGGGAAACAAAUUUUGGGUUUUGCAUUGGAGUUUAUGUGGCCGUGAGUAAACUAACUAUUGAUACAUCGGGGAGCAGUCGUUAUUUAUGGCGUGGGGGGGGGGGGCGUGUCACCGAAGAGAAAGGUUUUUCUUGUUAAAAUUUUGCUGGUCCAACCAAAGGUCAAAAACAUUCUACCCAACCUUAAAUAUCAAUUGAAAAAUAAAUACACACCCCUGGGCAAAAACUUUAUAAAAGGAUACCAUUCAGUUGUCACACAUGGCCUUUACUAAAGUUUCAUGUAGUUCGCAUAUGUACUUUCUUUGGAGACACCAUUUGCCUCCUGACAAAUCGGGAUAGUGACUCUGAUUGAUUGAUUGAUUGAUUUACAUAUUGUAUUGAUAUAUAACUGUUGACAAUGCUUUUCAGUCUUCAAUAUUUGAAUGAGUCAUGCUUUGGAAAUGACACCCAAUCCUUGAGUUUUGUUUUUUCAUUUACACCAACCUUUUACUCACUCAAAAUUUUGUUUACCCAAGCCUCCUCUUCGAUGCCACCCUCAGCCAUAAACGUUUCCUAAAGUUUUGCAUUUGUCUUCAAGUUCUAUCUGAAAGCCAGAGGCAUUAACUGUAUUUCUUCUUUCCCAGGUCUGCAGUUCGCGCAUGGAACAAAUGGCGUCACAAACCGACGGAAGAAAAUAAGAAAUUGCCACAAUGGGAGUCUGACUAUUUACUUAAUCCUGAACCAGAUUUUAGAAUGUUCUACGAAUAUCUUGAAAUGGGUACGUUUAUGUAAUAACCACGCGUAAAUCUCACAGCUUAUCGACAAGAUGUGUUCGCACUGCUUGUUCCCAGUUGUUGACAAGUCUGGAACAAGUUGUUAUCAUCUUGUAACGAGGUUGAUGAGGCCAACAGACUCGCAACACGUUCUUCCAACAAGUCUGAUAUCGUCUGCACGUAACAAAUUUGAUGACAACAAGUCGUAGCAACUUGUUACGAACAGCCUGUAUUAGUCUUGUUGAAACAACUUGUAGCAAGUCUGUUACCGUCAUCAACCUUGUAACAAGGUGAUAACAACUUGUUCCAGACUUGUCACAACAACUGCGGACGAACACAUCCUGAUAUCUGCUUUACAACAACCUUGUUACAACUUGUUUACAAAUCUGUAACAAUUGCGCGUAUUUAACGUGUGCCUUUACCAUCCCAUUGCUCAUUCCAUUGAUAGAAGAACGUCUCAUUUCUUUUGCAGUUAUUCAGUUUGGUUUUGUUACAAUGUUCGUUGCGUCGUUCCCAUUGGCUCCUCUGUUUGCUUUGUUAAACAACAUUUUCGAGCUCCGUGCCGAUGCCACGAACUUUGCAGUGAAUUUUCGACGCCCAGUGGCAGAAGAAGUGAAAAAUAUCGGAGUAUGGUUCGGGAUUCUUGAGAUUUUGACCAAAAUUUCCGUGCUUGUCAAUUCCUUUGUGAUCGCUUUCACAACUGAUUUUGUACCAAGGUAAGAGCUGAUCUACUGCCUAAUAAUGUAACAACUAAUACAAGACAAUUUUUAAAAAAUAUAUAUUAAAUACUUUACUAAAUAAUGACUUGACUACUGCAAAGUCUUGCUUGACUACUGUAUUUAAAUUGUAAUUGUUGUUAACAGUUCGCUUAUCAUGUUAUUACUCAAAUUACUAUAUCUCUUUUUGUCUCUGAUAUGUUUUGCUUUGUCAUUAAAAAUAGCCACCCUUCCCCCCUCCACACCCUCUGGCCAGGACUAGGGGUGCACCGCCCCACCCGCAGUAAUCAAUCCCUGUGGGAUUUCAUGAACAUCAGUAUUUCAUGAACAUCAGUGGGUAAAAGUUAUGACGGUGUUAAUAAUUUUGUAAUUAAGCAUAUGAUUUAUUGGGGUAUGACAUAAAUAAUUUCUAUCUUAAUCAUUUUAUUGUUUAGGUUGGUGUAUAUGUAUGGCUACAGUCCUGACGGAACAUUGAAAGGAUAUAUCAAUGAGUCGCUGGCGUAUAUCAAUGUCUCUGACUUGGAACAACAUAGUGUACCCAAUGAUCCGCUUAAAAACCUCAACUACACUCUGCCCUAUUGCAGGUAAUGCUGUUGCACACGAAAUAAGUUGUUACAGGUCUGCAAACAAGUUGUUACAGGUCUGCAAACAUGUUGUUACAGGUCUGCAAACAAGUUGUUACAGGUCUGCAAACAAGUUGUUACAGGUCUGCAAACAAGUUGUUACAGGUCUGCAAACAAGUUGUUACAGGUCUGCAAACAAGUUGUUACAGGUCUGCAAACAAGUUGUUACAGGUCUGCAAACAGGUUGUUACAGGUCUGCAAACAGGUUGUUACAGGUCUGCAAACAAGUUGUUACAGGUCUGCAAACAAGUUGUUACAGGUCUGCAAACAAGUUGUUACAGGUCUGCAAACAAGUUGUUACAGGUCUGCAAACAAGUUGUUACAGGUCUGCAAACAAGUUGUUACAGGUCUGCAAACAAGUUGUUACAGGUCUGCAAACAAGUUGUUACAGGUCUGCAAACAAGUUGUUACAGGUCUGCAAACAGGUUGUUACAGGUCUGCAAACAGGUUGUUACAGGUCUGCAAACAAGUUGUUACAGGUCUGCAAACAAGUUGUUACAGGUCUGCAAACAAGUUGUUACAGGUCUGCAAACAAGUUGUUACAGGUCUGCAAACAGGUUGUUACAGGUCUGCAAACAAGUUGUUACAGGUCUGCAAACAAGUUGUUACAGGUCUGCAAACAAGUUGUUACAGGUCUGCAAACAACUUGUUACAGGUCUGCAAACAGGUUGUUACAAAUCUGUUCACAAGCUAUCGACAAGUUGUGUUCACACUGCUUGUUCCUAGUUGUUGUAACAAGUUUGGAACAAGUUGUUAACAACUUGUAACAAGCUUGAUGACAUUAUCAGACUUGUUAGAAUGUUGUUCCAACAAGUCUGAUACAGUCAUGAUAUGACAAGUCAUAACAAGAAUGUCACAAGGUUGACAAUACAAGGUUAUGACAAUAUUGUUAUAUCGGACUUGUUGGAACAACCAAUAUCAACAAGAUUGUUACAACUGUUAACAAAUUGUUCCAUAUUCGUUGACAACUCGGGACAAAUAGUGCGAACACAAUUUGUUGACGGCGGGUUGGCAAACUUGCUGCAAGAUGUGAGAUUCUGGCGUGUGUAGUCUUCUGUGAACAAUUAAACGCAAAAUUUAUUUUGUUUCAGAUUCAAAGAAUAUCUGGAGCCGUAUCCUCCCUACGACUACAGUAAACACUAUCUCCACGUCACCCUGGCUCGCGUACUUUUCGUCUUAUUUUUCCAGUAUAUCGUAUUUCUUGUCAAAGAUCUGCUCGCCUGGCUGGUCCCGGAUGUGCCAAAAUCACUGGAGGUGAAAAUAAAGCGUGAAAAUCACGUGGCUCGCUUGUGCUUACGUAAGAGCGAAGUACAGGCAACCCAAGAAACGCCUUGGGAACCUGCGUCCCCGCCUUACCAAUCAUGUGAGUCCUUGGUCCAGCCUGAGAACACACAUUGUUGA